AUGGGACAUCCCCUCCCGCCCCUUUUUGCCCGCUAUCCCCAUCUAUACUCGUACUCGGUUCAGAUUUUCAAUUUAAUUUUCGACCUCUGCAUCUGCCCUGGAGGUUUUACGACAGCAAACUCGUUCAAUUGCCGCCCUCAAGAGGAAAUCUCAACUCAAGACGACGGAAAAAAACUGCAUUUUGUGAGUCCUGCAAGACGGAAAUCGGUGCUGGCCCCCAUUUUAAAUAAAAUCAAGAAUGGCGCCGCCGAUGCCUCCGAUAGUGCCGAAAAGAAACUGGGCAGUGAGAGCAGCGGCAGUGGUCACAUUGCAGUCCAGAUCGAGCCAGCCAGGCGGGUUAAGCGUCACAGCAUACACGGCAUGAUGGAGGGAAACACCAUACGGCCGCAUCAGGAGAUCCGACAGUUGACGCUGGAGGAGAAGAAGUUCCUGUUGGCUGUGGAAAGGGGCGAUAUGGCAGGCACCAGAAGGAUGUUGCAAAAGGCACAGGACACUGAUUACAUCAAUGUGAAUUGUGUGGAUCCUUUGGGACGCACUGCCCUCCUGAUGGCCAUUGACAAUGAGAAUCUUGAGAUGGUUGAGCUGUUGAUUAACUACAAUGUGGACACAAAGGAUGCUCUGCUGCACUCCAUCUCCGAGGAGUUUGUUGAGGCUGUGGAGGUGCUUUUGGAUCACGAGAAUGUAACCUUUCACAGCGAGGGUAAUCAUAGUUGGGAGUCUGCCUCGGAGGAUACCUCCACCUUCACGCCGGAUAUAACUCCCUUGAUCCUGGCUGCACAUCGUGACAACUAUGAGAUUAUCAAGAUCCUUUUAGAUCGUGGUGCCGUUCUGCCCAUGCCUCAUGAUGUGCGCUGCGGUUGCGAUGAGUGUGUUCAGUCCCGGCAGGAGGACUCUCUCAGGCAUUCCAGAUCCCGCAUUAAUGCCUAUCGAGCCCUGGCCAGUCCUAGUCUGAUAGCACUUUCCUCCAAGGAUCCCAUACUCACAGCCUUCGAGCUGUCCUGGGAGCUGCGUCGCCUCAGCUUUCUGGAGCACGAAUUUAAGAAUGAGUACCAGGAGCUGCGAAAGCAGUGCCAGGAUUUUGCCACCGCUUUGCUGGAUCAUACUCGCACCUCCCACGAGCUGGAGAUUCUGCUCAACCAUGAUCCCACCGGUCCUGUUUACGAGCACGGCGAAAGGAUGCAUUUAAAUCGCCUGAAAUUGGCCAUCAAGUUGAGGCAGAAAAAGUUUGUGGCUCACUCGAAUGUCCAGCAGUUGCUGGCAAGCAUUUGGUAUGAGGGUCUGCCUGGAUUUAGGCGGAAGAACAUGGCCCUGCAGGCGGUGGACAUUAUAAGGAUUGGUAUCCUGUUUCCCAUCUUUUCGUUGGCCUAUAUCCUGGCUCCCUACUCCAGCAUUGGUCAGACCAUGCGAAAGCCUUUCAUCAAGUUCAUUUGCCACAGCGCCUCCUAUUUCACCUUUUUGUUUCUCCUGAUGCUGGCAUCUCAGAGGAUUGAGACCUUCAUCGGUGGCUGGUUCUUUGCCGACUCCUCGGGCAUGCUCAAGGUGGAGGAGGUGCCCACGAAACGUGGAGCCAAACCCACCUUCAUUGAGUGGCUAAUCCUGGCCUGGGUCAGUGGCCUCAUCUGGAGUGAGGUGAAGCAACUGUGGGAUGUGGGUCUUCAGGAGUAUCUCAAUGAUAUGUGGAAUGUGAUUGACUUUGUCACAAACUCAUUAUAUGUGGCCACGGUGGCUCUGCGUGUUGUGUCCUUCUUUCAGGUCCAAAAAGAGAUGAUAUUUAACUCACAUGCCACGGAUUUACCUCGAGAACGUUGGGAUGCCUGGGAUCCCAUGCUGAUCUCCGAGGGCCUGUUCAGUGCGGCGAACAUUUUCAGUAGCCUCAAGCUGGUUUAUAUAUUCUCAGUGAAUCCGCAUCUGGGGCCACUGCAGGUGUCGCUGUCCCGGAUGGUUAUGGACAUCAUGAAAUUCUUUUUCUACGUUUUGGUACUAUUUGCCUUUGGCAGCGGUCUCAAUCAGCUUUUAUGGUACUAUGCUGAUCUGGAAAAGAAGCGUUGUCCUGAGGUUUCACCGAUGAGUGCACUUUUAAACAUGAAUGGCACCAAUGAUCCCAAUGCCUGCAUUGUUUGGCGACGUUUCUCCAAUUUAUUUGAGACCACUCAAACACUCUUUUGGGCUGUCUUUGGCCUGAUUGAUUUGGACAGCUUCGAAUUGGAUGGCAUUAAAAUUUUCACUCGUUUCUGGGGAAUGCUAAUGUUUGGCACUUAUUCAGUGAUCAAUAUUGUGGUGCUGCUCAAUUUGCUUAUUGCAAUGAUGAAUCAUUCAUAUCAAUUAAUAUCGGAACGUGCUGAUGUGGAGUGGAAAUUUGCUCGCUCAAAACUCUGGAUAAGUUAUUUUGAGGAGGGUGACUGUCCGCCUCCUUUUAAUAUAAUACCCACACCCAAGUCUAUUUGGUAUGCCGGAAAAUGGGUGAGACGAGUUUUCUGCAGCGGCUCCUCGGCCGCUCGACGGGAACACCUGAAGACCAUUCGGAGAAAGGCCCAGCAGGCGAGUGAUCGUGACUUUAAGUAUCAGCAAAUAAUGAGAAAUCUGGUGAGGCGUUAUGUGACCGUGGAGCAGCGCAAGGCCGAGUCCCAGGGCGUCACCGAGGACGAUGUCAAUGAGAUCAAGCAGGAUAUAUCCGCUUUCCGUUGCGAAUUGGUGGAAAUUCUGAAAAACAGCGGCAUGGAUACGAAUGUGACCGCUGGUCAAGGUGGUGGAGGUGGUGGCAAGAAGAAUCGCCAGAAGGAGCGUCGUCUGAUGAAGGGUUUCAAUAUCGCUCCACCAGGAUCGACGGGAUCUUUGGCUCCUGUUGCGGAAUUCUCCACCUCUUUGGACAACUAUGAUAACCAGCAUGAGAUCCUUAGCUCCACACUUUCCACUCUAUUUACACCGAACUUUAUGCAUAAACGCCAGCAGAGUCAAGCGGGUAGCAGUCGGGGUGGUGGUGGUGGCUCAGACUCACCCACCACGCCCACUCAGGGACAGGGCGGCCAGCAGGGUGGUGGGUCAAUCCAGGUGACCAGCAACCAGGUGACCACCAAGUACAACAAAUCCGCACUGAAGCCAUACAACAAGAGGAUUGCAGGGCACAAAAAGAGAUGGGGCACCUUAAUAGAAGCCGCCAAGGUGGGCAAUGUGAGCAAAAUGCUGGGACGUUCAAUCGAGGAUUCGGUGUGUAAUUCCUCGCACUCAUCCACACCGGUUCAUGGUCAAAUGAGGGUCACCUAUGCCCAGAAUUCACCGCAGCACAAUUAUGGAUGCCAUGGAGAUUCCUCCAGUACCACGGCCUCCACAGCGACACCAACGCCCUCGGUGGUUAGCAAUCCACCAGCAGCCCAUGUGGGGGGAGUUGGCUCCCAUUUCUUUCACACCACAAGCGGACUCACUGCCAUUGCAGCUUUGAAGCGAAAGCGCAAGAAAUUCUCUUCUAGCAAAAAUAUUUGUCCGGUUACCGAAUCUGUGGCAGCUGCAAAUGCAGCUGAGAUUUUAAGUGAUAAGACCCUGAAGCGUGUGUCCAGUUAUCCUGCGGCCGAGGCUGGAGUCCAGCACAAGGAUCCUGCCCAUCAAUUGGUGAAGCCAAGGAGACAUGAACAGACCCAAAGUCAGCACGAUUCGGUGGAGACAAAUUCAACAUUCACUUUGUCCAUUGAUCCUUCGAACACGUCCGUGAACUCCAGGGAACCAUUGAUCAGUACCAGUUGUGUGUCCACCACGGGAGCCAUUGGAUAAGGGAUGAUGAUGAUGAUUGAUGAUUACUGAUGAAUGGUACUGCAGCGGAGAUACAAAAUAAAUACAUUCAAACAUACCAAAGAUAUAGCACACCUAAGGCAUACCUAGGAUACUAUUCAGAGACAAUUUGUUGACACUUUUUGAUAUGAAGACAUAUAAUGAAUGGGGAUGCUAAUAAACUAACCGAUAUCCCGAAAUCUAAACUAAAGCCACACAGCCUAGAUCUUAAAUUACCUCACCACAAUUAGAUAUUAUAUAUUUAUAUAGGGAAACAAGAGUCAUACACCAAAGUAGAGCAUAACACUCGAUAACUGUUAGCCAAUACACACACAUUAAACCCGUAAAGAACUAUGUAUUUUGCACAAACUGAAGGAAUAUUAACCAUAACCUCCUGGGAAUAUUCAAACUACUCAUCAUUAACCUCAGCUCCUCCUACAAAACAAGGCAAACUUUAAUGGAAUUUAUUGAAACUAUAUCCUCUCACCUGAACCAUUAAAAGCACACAGACACAUAUCAUGCCAAUCGCUUUAUAAUGAAACCUUUUACACCAAAGAAAUAAAAUAAAUUCCCCCCCGUAAUAAAUAAAAUAUAACAAAUAACUAAUAACUAAAACUAUCCCAUAUCGAUGUUGAACGUUGCCUUAGCAUGAAACAUAUUUUUUAUACACAUACAUAAGUUUUGGAUGAACAUUACUGAAACGGACUGUACUCGUAAUCGUAACUCGUAAUUGAGGUAGGAAGCGCUGUGUAUUUGUUGAUUUGAGAAAAUGAAUUUGAAGCCAGGGAUUUGUUGAUAAUGUUUCCAGCAAGCAAAGUGCAAGCAGAAAAGCCAAGCAACGCAAAGCAAAAAAUAAGUAAAUAAAUCAAAGGAUACCACAAUUUUAUACACCGAU